UGAAGGGUGAGGACACCCAACAAUAAAAAGCCAUGUGAGUUGUGAGGACACUCCAGUGUCUCCGCGGAGCGGGAACUUAAACACACACGAUGAUCUGGACCAUUUUUCUGCUUGUCCAAGCUGUCCUGCUUUAUUUCAUUUUCACACAAAGGCGAAGAUCCAAGAGCGAUCCACCUCUAGACAAAGGAGUUAUCCCGUGGUUAGGCCACGCACUUGAAUUUGGAAAAGAUGCUUCCAAGUUCUUGAAUCGAAUGAAGCUGAAACAUGGCAACCUUUUCACAGUGCGUGCUGCUGGACAUUAUGUGACGGUGCUGCUGGAUCCACACUCAUACGACGAAGUCAUCAAUGACUCUGAUUCCCUGGACUUUACACGCUACGCACAGGUGCUCAUGGAGAGGAUCUUCAACCUGCGGCUCCCACAUCACCAGCCGAAUAAAGCUAAAGCCAUGAUGAAAAAGCACUUCAUGGGAAUGAAUUUGGUCGCUCUAAACAGCACCAUGAGCAGACACCUGCAGGCUUUACUGAAAGCUGAGAUGCCUCAGAACCAGAAAGACUGGAAAGAGGAGGGACUGUUCGACUUCUCUUACGGCUUACUCUUUAAGGCGGGGUACCUGACCCUGUUUGGAGGAGAACAGAACAACAACAGCUCUGAUCCUGCAAGUGUCUAUGAGGAGUACAAGAAGUUUGAUGGUCUCCUAACCAAAAUGGCAAGGGGCACUCUAAAAGCAGCGGAGAAGAGGACAGCCCAGAGUGUUCGACAAAGAUUGUGGGAGCUUUUGGCCCCAGCAGGUCUGACUGAGGACUCAGGGUCAAGCCCUUGGCUUCGUGGCUACAGGCGGCUCCUGCAGGAGGAGGGGACUGAUGAGGACACACAGAGGAAGGCUGUACUGAUGCAACUCUGGGCCACGCAGGGUAAUGUUGGUCCCGCUGCAUUUUGGUUGUUGAGCUACUUGUUGACAAAUCCUGAGGCUCUGACGGCAGUGAAGAGGGAGUUCAGCCAGAUCUCACAGAUGGAGACCUCGGAGACUCCUCUCAUGGACAGACCUAUGAACACCCCCGUGUUUGACAGUGCUUUGGAAGAGACACUGAGACUCACUGCUGCCCCCUUCAUCACCAGAGAGGUGGUACAGGAAAAGACGCUUCACAUGGCUGAUGGCCAAGAGUACGUGCUUAGAAAAGGAGACAGGGUGUGUUUGUUCCCCUUCAACAGCCCUCAAAUGGACCCUGAGAUUUACCACGAGCCUCAGAAGUACAAGUAUAAUCGCUUCCUGAAUGAAGAUGGAUCGGUGAAGACGGAUUUUUAUAAAGGAGGGAAGAAGCUGAAGUAUUACACCAUGCCAUGGGGCGCAGGGACCAAUGGUUGUGUGGGAAAGCAGUUUGCCAUCAAUACCAUCAGGCAGUUUGUUUACAUGGUGUUGACUAACUACGAUUUGGAGCUGUGUGACCCAAAUGGUCAGAUGCCAGAGGUAAACGCCAGUCGUUAUGGCUUUGGGAUGCUACAACCAGAGGGGGACUUGCUUUUCCGAUAUAAACUGAGGAACUAGGACUAUUAAAAACAAGCAAAACACGUAUCUUUUAUGUACAUUUCAACAUAUGCACACUGUUGUUAAUAUUCCAUUUGUACUUUUAUAUUCUGUAUUUAUAUUAUACUGUGAGUAAUUAUUUUGUUAUUUAUCAAUAAAUCUAAAUAGUACAUUGUG